AUGAAAAAGACAUGGAGAAUAGUGGAAUCAAGUGUAAUUGUACUUGUGGUAUUGUUGCAAGUAUACGUGUGGCUUUUUUUGGACCGAACGAGACCUCCUAGCGCUGUGCUUCGAGGGCUGCAACGGAUUGGAGCUAAGCUACUGGACGGUGUAGUGGUGUGGAACGACCGAAGAUCCUCUGUAACUUGGUUGAACCAAAGAGAUCGCGUCAUGUUUGUGGACAUUGAGUGGCAUUUGAAAGGGUCUGGAUGCUGCAAGCAGCUUGGGACGAUUUCUAGCAUCACGAACGUCACGUUGAGUUUUGUCGGGGAAAACCGACCACAAGAGACGCAUGAUUCUGCGUCAAAGUAUGAAUCAGUUGACACGUAUGUGGAAAGAAUUGCAAGCGAGCUAGGAGGUGUUGAAAAGUAUGCAAGAAGCUUGUUGCAAGCGAUUUUACAGUGUCUUGAACCGCAAAAGGGUGAGAUAAGCGUAAUGCCGUCUGUCGGAGCAAUGGUUAGUGGACUUCCUGGUAUUGGCAAAACUGCAUUGGCUAAAGAAAUAUGUAAAUGUCUGGGCGUGACGACGAUUUUCCUGAAUGCAGCGGACAUCUAUCAGACAUAUGUUGGGCAGUCGGAGAAACAGUUGGUCAAGAUAUUUGAACGUGCCGUGCUACAGUCUCCAAGCAUUUUGCUGAUCGAUGGGAUUGAGGCGAUUGCAGGCUCUCGACGCGCUCUGGCUGAUUCUCAAAGUACGCUCGAGAUUGGCGUCUUGGGCGCGUUGCUUGCGUCUCUAGAAACGAUUAAAUCUUCGUCACAUCGGGUGUUUGUUCUAAGUACUACAUCGCGUCCAGGAGAUGUGGACGCAGCGGUAUUCUCAAACGGAAGGCUUGACCAUGCUGUAAGUAUCGAGCCUCCAACGCAAAGUGAGCGGCUUGCAAUCCUUCGAAUCAUCACAAGGACAUGGCAAUGCGACAAACUUGGCGAUACGUUUUUGAACCAAGUGAGCGAAAGCACUGGUGGUUUUGUUGGUGCUGACCUGUUGAGUCUCUGUCAAAAGGCACUUCAAUUGUGUCUGAACGAGGCAGCAAUGAAGAAAAUAGAAGGUCGUGCGGUGGUUUGCAUCCGCCAUUUUGAGCAAGCACUUGCGGUGACCUAUCCGUCUGUACUUCAAAUGCAUCAUGUCUUGCAAAAACAGCAAGAAUCAGUGUCUACGGUUAUUUAUAGAGACAGCAAGAACAGGUCAUUUGGUGCUUUCUCUGGUGUAUUUGGUAUGACCGAUGCUAUUCAAACACUUCGCGUCUCUCUGAUCGAACCACUUGAAGAUUGCACACGAUUUUUGAGAUUUGGGACCACUCCACCUAAAGGUAUCCUGCUUACCGGUCCUCCAGGAUCUGGGAAGACAUAUCUCGCCAAUGCAGUUGCUGAACAAGUCCGACGCUGUGGGCUUGCAUCUUUUGUGUCUGUGCAGUGCAGCGACCUACUAACAAAGAUUGUCGGUGACACUGAAAAAGCGCUUCGAGAGCUUUUUGCCACGGCAAGAAAUGCCGCACCUUGUGUGCUGUAUUUCGACCAGAUCGAGAGUAUUGCGCCUCAACGAGGUUUUGACACGAGUACAGAACAGACGCUUGACCGAAUGCUGAGCAUACUGCUUGUUGAGAUGGACGGUUUCAGCACAAGUCGUAUCAAGCUUCAGAAAAGUCUAGUAAGUGAUGAAGCACGCAUGGCAUUUCUCAAGCAGCAUGUUGUUGUCCUAGCUUCAACAACAAAUAAAGAGCUGCUAGAUCCAGCUAUCCUUCGACCAGGACGUUUCGACAUUCACAUUCAUGUCGGCUACCCAGACAAAGAUGCAAGGUAUGCAAUUAUUCUUCAAGCGUUGGAGAAGAUUCCUGUCGAUUACUCUUCCGACGGAGUACUCGAUUCUCGCGAGGCACUUGCCAGAUACAUGGCCAAGCAGACCAGUGGUUUGUCAGCAGGAGACUUGAGUGCUAUCCUUCGUGAAGCUGCCAUGGCAUCAAUGCGUGAUGAUUUAGACUCUACAAGUCUCAGUAUUAAGUAUGUGAUGGAGGCUCUGGAUGAAGCAAUAUCGUCGUCAACAGCUGCAUCAUCAUCCACGAUGAUGCCGUUUUUUGUACGCCGUCACAAUGAGAAAGAUAGCAGCAAGCGUUUCAAUGCACGUCAACCCUACAAGUCCUAA